AUGCUAACCAUUGUAGCCUUUUCUGAUGUCAGCUUCUCCCAGAAGGCGGCAGAGCAGCUUAAGCCCUGGAGCAUCAACAAGGAUAAUUGGGAGGUGAGCACCGGAGUUCCUCCUUCAGCGCACAGCGAAGAGUUCUGCUUGCUGCAGCAACCAAGUGGCUAUCGGAUUUUUGGUCAACGCCUGGAAGACACAGUCCUCUAUGAAAAGAAGUUUGGGCAGCACCCGGUGCCCCUUCUUGUGGAACGAUGUGUGGAUUUCAUCCGGAAGCGUGGCCUCACCGAGGAAGGGCUCUUCCGCAUGCCUGGGCAGGCCAAUCUGGUGAAGGACCUCCAGGACUCCUUUGACUGUGGGAAGAAGCUCCAGUUUGACAGAAAUACUGAUGUCCACGCAGUAGCUUCCCUCCUGAAACUUUACCUUCGAGAGCUUCCUGAGCCUGUCAUUCCUUUUGCUAAUUAUGAAGACUUUCUCUCGUGUGGCCAGUUGCUUUCCAAGGAUAAAGGAGAGGGAAUGCAGGAACUGACAAAACAAGUGAGCUGUCUUCCACGGGCCAACUACAACCUCCUCAAAUUCAUCUGCAAAUUUCUUGAUGAAGUUCAGUCUUACGCCAGCCAUAAUAAGAUGAGCGUCCAGAAUCUUGCCACCGUGUUUGGACCAAAUAUUCUUCGGCCUCAAAUAGAAGAUCCUGUGACUCAGAUGGAAGGUACUUCACUGGUUCAGUGCUUAAUGACUAUUUUGAUAAGCGAGCAUGGAAAGAUCUUUGGUUCCACUUUGAUUCAGGACUCAGUUCAACCAGAAGCUGAUCUCCAGUGCCCACUGAGUUGUACAUACUGGAACUCACAGGGCGGCAGGACAGAAAACAGCAUUUCCAGCUGUGUUGGCUCACUUUCAACUAUAAGGCCUUCUUCAGCUAAGCCUAGCAUGCAACACUGCAACAAGAAAGGAAAAGGCCACCAGCCUGCCAGCAGCUCCAAUCACAGGAGGCAAGGUUUAUCCACUUGGAAAUGCUCCCUUUUGCAGCAAGGAGCUGGGUCAUUCUACCACCCAUUGGGGAGCUCCUUCUUGGAAAGCUCCUGCUUAUCUUUACGUGCGAACUGGCUGGUGGAUGAACCCUCGUCUGUUCAAGUCCACUGUGGCCCAUCCUUUGGAGAACAAAUUAAAGAUUCAGAUUCGUGCCAAAGGCUCUCCACCUAUGAUAACGUCCCCAUCUUUCAUCUCUCUGAUGGUGCUUGCAGUAAUGCCAGUCCCAGCUGCUCAACCUCCUCCAGUGGUCUGUCUCUUGCUGUGGAUUCUGUUACCGCCUGUGCCACCUUCAAAACAAGAGCCUGCCUAGCCUUGAACCCUCUUCUGAAGGAAAGCUCUCUGGGUGGCCCAUUGCCACACAGUGGCGUCUGUCCGCAGAGCAGCAGUUGGGAGGGGCCAGAAGCACGCUGCAGCAGAAGCAGGGAUGAACGCAAUCUGGCAGUUGCUUCCAAAGACGCUUUCCACUGCUCUGAAGCCCUGCAAGAUCUCGUUGCGGAACUGGAGGCGGAGCUAAGAAAACAAAGGUCUGAGUAUGAGACUACUUUUAAAAGAAUGGAAGAAACAAGCACAGAACUAAGGAAACUGGCGACAAGAUUAGAAGAAGAGCUAAUCAAAGAGAAAAAGAAGUAUACAGUGUUGGAAAUCAAGUUGAGGAACUCUGAGCGGGCAAGGAAAGAUGCAGAGAAAAGAAACCACCUCUUACAAGAAGAAAUGGAGCAUUUCUUCACAACACUGGGGAAUAUUACUGCAAAAAGUCAGUUCGCUAAAGUCUGAAGACGGGUGCAGGGCUGAUACCCUCUACACUCUACUUCCCAGCCAAACAAUUCCAUUUUGCUCUGGUCUGUAACACUGAUGCACAUACAAAGGUGUGAACCUACUUUGCUACAUUACUCAUGUACUAAAAUUACAGUUGUUGGUCUAAAUGGAAAAUCAGAGAUUGGUGAGGAAGAGGUGGGUGGAUUUCAUUUACAACACAAUUGCUUUGCUAGCCCAGGAUAAGGUAGUACAGUAUGCAUAGUGGCAAAGACAGAUUAUAGCUCUGGAUCAAAGCCUUCCCCAGCAUGGAAGGAUAAGAUUUAGCUGAUCUACAAAAUUAAAAUUAGUUUUGGCUUGUCUUUUUAUGCUCUCCUUCUACAGAAGGCUUUGCUAGCAUUAUUAGCAUUGCCAUUCUGUGAUAUCAACACUCGUUACAUAUUCAGGAUGGUUUUCACU